GCAGGCUCCCUGCUGGUGUUUGCCGAUUGACUCUAUCGUGAAGACCCCCUUUUUUUUCCCCCGAAGUACCUACCAGCUGUCCAUGCCGCGCGAAAAGCCGAUGUCGAUUGACGACGGUUCGCGCACCUAGGUUCUUUUCCUUUCCUCCCGCCCGCCGGGGCUAGGUCCCUCUUGCACGAAUUAAGAGAUACUGACCGUAGAUAGCAAAGAUCAACGGCCCAAAUCUCCUAAUUUGCUUAAGUGGGACCUUGCCCCCGGUCUCGAUCGACGGGCCGGUGUUUUCUUUCUCCCGCGUCUUCUCUCUCCCUUUCUGUCUUCCUCCCGCGCUCUUUCUUCGUGGCCACUUUCGUUCCGUCUUUUCUCUCGCCCUCUUCUUCCUUUCUCGGCCAUUCUGGCGCGCGAUCUCUAUCCUUGUGUUCUGCUUCUUUCCCGCCGUGCCCACUUCUUUAGAGUACCGCCCUUUUUGCCCGAUGGGAAGUAAUGCACUAAGUAGUGCUAUGGUUUGCCUGCCAUGUAGUGGUAGCAGCAUUGGUACCAGCAGUAGGCAGAUCUUUGAUGUGUGCGCAGUGGCAUUCAUACCUUCUCUUUCCGACUGAGAACUCGUCUCUCUCGUAUCGAUUAUAUUUGAAGCUAUCGGCGGGGUCUCCCAUCCUCUCCUUAUCAUCUUCAGUUGACCAAGCUUGACGAGUUUUGGACAAAAUGAGCCCGUAUGACGUGGAGGGUUAUGAAUACGUAAGGGAUAUUGGGUCGGGCAAUUUCGGCGUCACUCGGUUGAUGAGAGAUCGACGGACGAAGGAGCUUGUGGCGGUGAAAUACAUUGACCGAGGGGAAAAGAUCGAUGAAAAUGUUCAGCGCGAAAUCAUCAAUCACCGGUCGCUUAGACAUCCAAAUAUUGUCAGGUUCAGGGAGGUACUCCUCACACCGACUCACCUUGCAAUUGCGAUGGAGUACGCUGCAGGUGGAGAGUUGUUUGAACGAAUCUGCAGCGCUGGAAGGUUUACCGAGGAUGAGGCUCGAUUUUUCUUUCAACAACUGAUUUCGGGAGUCAGCUUCUGUCAUGCACAAGAAAUAUGUCAUCGGGAUUUGAAGCUCGAAAAUACCUUGCUGGAUGGUAGUGAUGCUCCUCGGUUGAAGAUAUGUGACUUUGGGUAUUCUAAGUCGUCUCUUCUUCAUUCUCAGCCCAAGUCCACAGUUGGAACGCCAGCUUACAUUGCGCCUGAAGUUCUCUCGAAGAGGGAAUAUGAUGGCAAGAUUGCAGAUGUAUGGUCUUGUGGUGUGACUUUGUAUGUCAUGCUGGUCGGAGCCUACCCGUUUUCAGAUCCUGACAGUCCAUGGGACUUUGGCAAGACAAUCAGGAUUGCCGACGUGUGGUCGUGUGGUGUAACUUUGUAUGUCAUGCUGGUUGGAGCCUAUCCGUUUGAGGAUCCUGAUGACCCCAGGAAUUUCCAGAAGACCAUUGGGAGGAUUAUGAAUGUGCAGUACUCCAUUCCUGAGGGAGUACAUAUCUCAUCAGAAUGCCAGCAACUGCUCUCUCGAAUAUUUGUGGCCAACCCUGCAAGGAGGAUUACAAUACCAGAGAUCCGCAUGCACCCCUGGUUCAUUCGAAACCUCCCUGCAGAUCUGAUGGAUGGAGCGCAUAAUCAUGAUGCAGCAUACGACGAUCAGUAUCCAGUGCAGUCGGAGGUGGAGAUAAUGCGGAUUUUGCAGGAGGCAAGAACGCCUGGGCCAGGUGUGGGACCGUAUGUGGGAGACCCGGGGAUGGAUGAUGACAACGACAUGGACUUGGCAGACAAUGAUGUGGACGAUGAUAGUAAGAAAGGUGGUGGGGGUGGUAAGAGUGGUUGUGGUGGGGGUGUGAAGGAGGCAGCUGGGGGGUCUGGUACGUCUUCGAGUCAAAGUGGGUUUGCGUUUGGUGGGCAGAAGUAUCCGGAGAAGAGGGGACGAGAUGUUGGUGGUGGAGGCCAGACUCAAGAGGGUGACGGCGGCAGCAGCAAAGGUGGUGGUAACGGUGGCCAAAACGGUGGGGGCAAGGGCGGAGGAAAAGAUAGAAUGUGUAGUAAAGCUAGGGCGGUAGAAUUGAUGAACAAGGAAGAAGCCGGAGAAGAGUUGAUGCAGGACUCAUCCAGGGACGGCAGUGUAGGGAACUCGAAGAAGAGGGUGCAGCUUCGACUGAUCGACAUGAUCGGUGUAUGCGGCCUUUGUGACUUUUGUGACUACAUGGUUGCAUGGUGUUCAAGACAACGAUAAAGAGAGCUGGAUGCAGAACGCGGGAAGGAUUGCUGGGACUUAUCUCGUGGGUAGAUAUGGGUCUUCUACCUUGGUGAUCUUGGGGAUAGCCAAAAGGCAAAUGAAGGAGAAUCAGGGAAGAGGAGAAGCGUGGGGAGAAGAGGGCCGGGGUGGCGGGGGAGCUCAGGAAAUGGUAGGUAAGGUGUGCAUAAGCAGGCAAGUGAAGAAAUCUACAACAAUGCCUGAUGCAUAACAAAAUAUUGGAGUAACUGCAAGGAGGGCUAGGUAGCCUAGGAGAGAAUAGUUUCGAUCUAAAAACCUGUCUUGUGUUGUUCUUUAUAUCAUCUGUUUAGAACUGUCCUAUUGAUUUUCGUUCAUGCUUCUCUUCUGUCAUCUCAUUGUUGGCAUUUUUUAUGGCACUCCUGCUGCAUUGUUUUUCAACUUUUUGUACUUCAUAGCUACUACUGUCUCCUAUUGUGGAGAUGACCCUUUCUGGCAUUGAUUCUUUGUCCACCAGAGUUGCUUGUGGACCUUGUGGAGGGAUUCUCUAGACUCUUUGGGGAAAUUUGGUUGUACACAUUUCAUUUCUCUUUUUCAUGGAGGUUCAGCUGCCAAUGUGGGCGACAAUUAUGGCUGCGGAUCCGGACACAGUGCUGCCAUGUCAUUGGCUGUUGAGCUGAUCCGAUGAUAAGGUAGUUGAAGAAGUCCAGCUAUACCUGGUCUGGGUGUUAGUUGCUAUCCCCUUGGUGUUUCACAGUCGGACAAAAAGGAAGAAACUGCAAAUUUUGUCAGGGCAGAGACUAUCACCAAGAAGUCUGUUUUUUCUUUUCCCCUUCUUUUCUGCCAUCAGUGGCAAUCAUACUUGCAACCGCACAUGGGUGCAGAAAAACUAGGUGCGGCACACCCAAAAG